AUGGGAGGUGAAUGGACCUUCCUGAUUAAGCCCAAAGCUGGCUUGUCUGCAGCGCAAUGGCAGUCAGAGUUGAGAAGAGUUCGGAAGAAGUUUGCCAGUGUCAUUGGCCUAGAAGCUGGCACAACGACAUUCUUUGCUGAUGCAGACCACCCAGAGUCCAUGAACGACAAUGUGUUUGCCCGAUUCACCUAUGAAGGUGAAUGUCAUCAUGGAGAAAGUGGCAUGUGGUGUCUUCCAUGGGAUCCGUGGCAGAAAGUUCCAAAAGGGCACAUUCAUGCUAGAUGUGCACCAUACAACUUUGCGAGAUAUUCUUAUGAGAUUCAACGGCACCUGGAGAAUGCCUUUCCAGAAAGCAUUCUUAUCGAAUGGGGUGAUGGCAUCGAUGGAUACAAUGGAAGCUUACUUCGGUCCAGGGGUUGGAGAUACCAUUAUGCAAAGUACUUCCCAGAAAUCCCUCGGCCUUUGCCUCGAAUUGACAUCUCAGAUUUGCUUUUGGAUGUGCGGUCACAGUUGGGCCUUCAGUUGUUCAGCGCCAUUGUUCAUGAAGACGAGGAUAUGGUCUUCAGGCUGAUUGCAGAAGAGCAGCUUGACAUCAACUUUAUCGCUCCUUAUGGGCCGGAGCAAGCCAAUGAGAAUGGGAAACGCCACUUCGUGCGACGAGUGAGCGCAGUGCGUUUGGCAGUUGAACAGCUGGUGAACUCGCCAUACAAAGUGGACCAUCCUGAAGUUCUUGUGCAGCUGCGAAUCCUGCAGAUGAUCCUGUUCAGGGACCCAAAACUUGAGUUUCCCAAGUUUCGGUCUAGCUGGCAGGAUGAGACAGAAGAUUUGGCGCGGCAUGUAUUGUUCGAUGUGGUUGGGUACGGCGAUACACUUUUGGAUGGUCCAUCUUUCACUCCUUUGCAAUCAGGGCUUGCAGAGGUUCGGAUUCGGAUGACUCUACUGCACAGGCUUCUUCCUGCAUUGAAGCAGCGUGGGCUGUUGCAGGCGGCAUUGGUAAAGUUGGAGAGAACAGAGCUGGAGUGGCUGAUUGACAAAAAGCCCGGCUGGCAGUUAGUGAAGAUUUUGCAAGUAUUCCAAGGACAAGAUGAAAUCCGGAGCGAAAGCUUGGUGUCUUCAUGA